GUCCAGCUGGAUGUGCGAGGGAUGAACAAAGCGAGCACAGGAGCACAGAGGAUGACUCUUGCUUAAUAAGGCACAGCCCGGCAAAGAGCAGGAAGCCUUGUGGACCUCCGCCGAGACCCGGGAUCCACCCAGCUGCCCCAGAGCUGGAGAGCCUGUCCCCGCCGCGCCUGUCGCCCCCACCUCGCGCCGCCCCCCUUAGCGGCAUGUACCCCGAAGACAGCCGGGGUUCCGGAGGGGUCGCCACGGUGGACUUCUUGGAGGGGACGUACGACUAUGCCUCCCCAACUCCGGCCCCGACUCCGCUCUACAGUCACCCGACCACGGGUUACUACUCGGCGCCCCUGGACACCCACGGACCUCCCUCGGACGGCAGCCUUCAGUCAUUGGGCAGCGGGCCUACCAGUCCCCUCGUCUUUGUGCCCACCAGCCCUCGGCUCAGCCCUUUCAUGCACCCUCCCAGCCAUCACUAUCUGGAAGCCACUUCAACCUCUGGCUACAGGUCCAGCGAGCCGGCCAGUCAGCAGCAGGUCACCAGGGAUGAGCAGUGCAGCACCAGCGCAGAGUCUUACGUUGUUGGUGGGUCAGAGGCCGCCGCAGCCGCUGGGGUGUUUGAGAUGGCCAAAGAGACGCGCUUCUGCGCUGUGUGCAGCGACUACGCCUCCGGCUACCACUACGGGGUGUGGUCCUGUGAGGGAUGCAAGGCCUUCUUCAAGAGGAGCAUCCAAGGCCACAAUGACUACGUGUGCCCUGCAACCAAUCAGUGCACGAUUGACAGGAAUCGCAGGAAGAGCUGCCAAGCGUGCCGACUAAGGAAGUGCUACGAAGUGGGCAUGAUGAAAGGAGGUGUGCGUAAAGACCGCGGUCGCGUUUUACGGCGUGACAAGCGACGCACAGGCACAGCUGAGAAGACCACCAAGGAGGCGGAGAAUAGAAAAGUUUCCCACCAGGAUGGAAGGAAACAGGGAAGCUGUGGCGGCGGGGGAAGAUCAUCCGUAACAGACAUCCCACCUGACCAGGUGCUUCUCCUGCUGCAGGGGGCCGAACCCCCAAUAUUGUGUUCCCGGCAGAAGCUGAGCCGACCCUACACAGAGGUCACCAUGAUGACCCUGCUCACCAGCAUGGCUGACAAGGAGCUGGUCCACAUGAUUGCCUGGGCCAAGAAGCUUCCCGGUUUCCUGCAGCUGUCCCUGCACGACCAGGUGCAGCUGCUCGAGAGCUCCUGGUUGGAGGUGCUGAUGAUCGGCCUCAUCUGGAGGUCAAUCCACUGUCCCGGCAAGCUCAUCUUCGCUCAGGACCUAAUUUUGGACAGGAGCGAAGGAGACUGUGUUGAAGGCAUGGCUGAGAUCUUUGACAUGCUGCUGGCCACCGCCUCUCGGUUUCGCAUGCUCAGACUCAAGCCCGAGGAGUUUGUCUGCCUCAAAGCAAUCAUCUUGCUCAACUCCGGCGCCUUUGCGUUCUGCACGGGUACCAUGGAGCCGCUCCAUGACAGCGUGGCAGUGCAAGGCAUGCUGGACACCAUCACCGACGCCCUCAUACAUCACAUCAGCCAAUCGGGGUGCUCAGUGCAGCAGCAGGCCAGGCGCCAGGCCCAGCUGCUCCUACUACUGUCUCACAUCAGGCACAUGAGUAACAAAGGCAUGGAGCACCUGUACAGCAUGAAGUGUAAGAACAAAGUGCCACUCUACGACUUGCUGCUGGAGAUGCUGGAUGCUCAUCGCUUACACCGUCCGGUUAAAGUGCCUACCAGUGGAAGCAGUGGCGGUGGCCCGUCCUCCAGUUCAGGAGGCAGCAGCAAUGAGAGCCUUAGCAGAGCCCCUCCAUGUCCAGGCGUCCUGCAGUUUGGAGGGUCCCGCUCCGACUGCGCUGACAUCCUAUGAGAGCUUAAACGGACCAAACGAUUAGUGUUGUAUUGGAGGUGGUUUCAUGAUUAAGAUUAUAAUCAACAAUCAUCACUUUUCCAUUGCGAGUGCCAGCUUUUACAUCACAUUGUAGCAAACUGUGAGGAACAGUCAUUCAUAUUUACAAGCGACUAUUCUUCAUUUUUCAUUCAACCAAAGUGCACUUCCUCUUGGCUUUAAGGGGUUAUUGGGCAUUACUUCCACCUUUUUGCAGAAUGUGAUUAAAUGUGUAAUUUAUUUUACGUUUCAACUGCCAGCUGAGAUCAACAUGUCUGAUGUUGUGGCUUUGUCAUAUUUGGAAACAACUUUAAUUGGUAAGAAUUCAGUGUUUGUGUUUCUGUCCGCUGUGUUGGUGAAUUAAAAAAAAAAAAAAACGGCUUCAAAUCCAAGUCAAACUGUAUCAUCUGUUAACUUUGAACAACUGUUUUCAAAGUGAACUAGUUUUGUGUUAAACAUACAUUGCUCCAAAAAAUAAAGAACACCAAACAUGCUAGAGCUCCAUGAAUGAAAUAUUGCAAUUGAAAAUUGAUUCAUGACAUAGCGGAAUGCAUUGGGAACAAAAUAGAAAUGACCAAUGGAAAAAUUAACCCAUGGCGGGUUAAUUUAUCUUUUACAGCAGUGUAUGUGUCCUACAUUGAUUUUUGUCUUUUUAAAAAAGAUUUACACUAUUUCUGUAGGUAAGUGGAAUGUAUAUAUAGAACUGGAGAAAAAAUGUA